GGAGGGAGAAAGAGGGACGGCUGGACUCCAUUAAGCCGAAGCCUGCGGGAAAACUGUUUGGGAUACUUCACUUCUUCAGCGAGUUCUUCGGGGAUUUCUCUCUGUUUUUAUCACCUUAAAAGACUUUAUACAUGAUUUAAAGAGGGGGGACUUGUUCUGUACCGCGUAGUCGACUGUUUUAGUGUUUUUUCGUCUUUGUGAAGGAUGGCGCUGGACGGGAUCCGGAUGCCCGAUGGCUGCUACGCCGACGGGACAUGGGAACUGAAGAUGCAUGUCACUGACCUCCACAGGGAUGUGUCGCUGAGGGUCACUGGGGAAAUCCACAUCGGCGGAGUCAUGCUCAAACUUGUGGAGAAACUAGAUGUGAAAAAGGACUGGUCAGACCAUGCUUUGUGGUGGGAGAAGAAGAAGACAUGGCUGUUGAAAACCCACUGGACAUUGGACAAGUAUGGCAUCCAAGCUGACGCCAGGCUGCUCUUCACGCCGCAGCACAAGCUCCUGCGCCUCCAGCUGCCCAACAUGAAGCAUAUGAAGGUCAAAGUCAACUUCUCGGACCGCGUCUUCAAGGCAGUUUCCGACAUCUGCAAAACUUUCAAUAUCCGCCACCCAGAGGAGCUAUCUCUACUGCGUAAGCCCCGUGAUCCCAAGAAGAAGAAGAAAAAGUUGGAGGAGGCAGAGGAGGAUGAUCUUGAGCUCGAGGGUCCACUGUUAACUCCUGGAUCAGCCUCUGAGGUAAUAUACAUCGGACCUGUCAAAGGGAGCAUCUACUCCAGUCCAGGCUUGUACAGUAAGACUAUGACCCCCACCUACGACUCCAGGGAUGGCAGCCCACUGUCACCCACCUCCGCCUGGUUUGGGGACAGCCCCUUGUCUGAGGGCAAUCCCAGCAUCCUUGCUGUCAGCCAGCCAAUCUCCUCACCAGACAUCCUGGUGAAACUCUACAAGCCCCAGUCCCUGCUGGACAAAGCCAAAAUCAACCAAGGGUGGUUGGACUCAUCCAGGUCUCUGAUGGAGCAGGAUGUAAAGGAGAAUGAGGUGCUGCUGCUGAGGUUUAAAUACCACAGUUUCUUUGAUCUCAACCCUAAGUAUGAUGCCAUCCGAGUGAACCAGCUCUAUGAACAGUCCAAGUGGGCUAUCCUGUUGGAGGAAAUUGAGUGCACGGAGGAGGAAAUGAUGAUGUUUGCUGCCCUGCAGUACCACAUCAACAAGCUGUCAAUCAUGGCCUCAGACAACCACAUGAACAACAGUGAGAAGGAGGUGGAUGAGGUGGAUGCAGCCCUGUCAGACUUGGAGAUUACUUUGGAGGGAGGAAAGACGUCCAACACACUGGGUGACAUCACAUCUAUUCCUGAGCUAGCUGACUACGUCAAAGUCUUCAAACCCAAGAAACUGACGCUGAAGGGUUAUAAGCAGUACUGGUGCACAUUCAAGGAUAUCACAAUUUCCUGUUACAAGAGUAAAGAGGAGGCACAUGGGACACCUGCUCACCAAAUGAAUCUUAGAGGUUGUGAGGUAACUCCAGAUGUUAACAUCUCGGGCCAGAAAUUCAACAUCAAGUUGCUAAUCCCUGUGGCUGAUGGCAUGAAUGAGAUCUGGCUUCGGUGUGACACGGAGAAACAGUACGCCCACUGGAUGGCUGCAUGUCGCUUGGCCUCCAAAGGGAAGACCAUGGCCGACAGCUCUUACAACCUGGAGGUCCAGAACAUUCUGUCCUUCCUCAAGAUGCAGCACAUGAACCCAGACCCUCAGUUCAUUGAGCCGAUCACCACCGAUAUCAACCCAGAAUGCCUGGUGUCCCCACGCUAUCUGAAGAAGUACAAGAACAAGCAGCCAGGCUAUAUCAGGGACUUGAUUUCAGCCCGGAUCCUUGAAGCCCACCAGAAUGUGGCCCAGAUGAGUCUCAUUGAGGCCAAGAUGCGCUUCAUCCAGGCGUGGCAGUCCCUGCCCGAGUUUGGAAUCACUCAUUUCCUUGCCAAGUUCCAGGGUGUAAAGCGGGAGGAGCUGAUCGGCAUCACUUAUAACCGGUUGAUCCGGAUGGAUCCCAACGCCGGAGAUGCCAUUAAGACUUGGCGCUUUAGCAACAUGAAACAGUGGAACGUCAACUGGGAGAUCAAGAUGGUGACGGUGGAAUUUGCAGACGAGCCUAGUCUGUCUUUCACCUGUGCCGAGGUGGACUGUAAGGUGGUCCACGAGUUCAUCGGUGGCUACAUCUUCCUGUCCACGCGUGCCAAGGACCAGAACGAGUCUCUAGAUGAGGAGAUGUUCUAUAAGCUGACCAGUGGCUGGGUCUGAGCUGCCCCAAACAACCAGGGGUCAACGAUUGUAGGUCAGGGGGGCCAGGAGGGGAGUGGUGGGGGUGGAACCACAUUGUAUGGGUUUAUUUUAUUCUACUUUUUCUCAGUCUUUUUAAUUGUUUGGAGCUGUGCUGAAGCGUCCAGAACAGCACAACUGUUGCCAUGCUGAUACCGUUUUUAUUGUUAUAGUUGUUUUGCAUUAACGCUGACAAGGUCAUUUGUUACAACACUAAUUUGUGGUGAAUGCAGUCCAGAUGAACUCUGAACUUAAACUCCUGUGGUUGAGCAGAAGCCUUACACAAACCUGAACUGGGAUGUUUGUCUGUUUUCCUACGACCACCUGCCCCCUCUCCUCCUGGACUGAUGGCCAUCAACUUACGUCCAUGACUACCCUUUAAAACCAAUCAUACACCAGAUUUAAUCCCAAAGAUCCUUUAUUUCCUCUUCACUCUUUGUCUCGCUGUGUAUUUCUCUCUCUUCUAGAACUGGACUAAAAGAGCUGACAUCAAACUGUCAUUAAAACAUAUUGUGAUAUAGUGCCGCAGAUACUCACAGUUAUAUCUAAUUAUUUAUCCUAAAAGAUGGACUUCAUCAAAGAGUCCAAUCAAAGGGGUAUCUGUAAACAGCAGUGUGCAGCCUAUCCACUCUAUGAAGGGUUUAAUCUCUUUGAAGUCACAUGUAAGCACUUCUACGGUAUACAGUCCUGUUUAUGAAUAAGCUGUUUUUAAAUUUCUGUUUGCUUUUGAUGUCUGUUGUCUUUGUUUCAGAGCUGGAGAGUCUAUUCUCUCCUUUGAAUUCUCAUUGUAUUAGCUGACAGGUGUGACACGGAGAGCCUGAGCUUUGUUUUGUAUGUAGUAGACUGCUAAUGGUGAGCAUGUCUGAAAACACACAGUUCAGUGCACUUGGGAUGAGUGUCCUGUUUGUUUCCAACUGACCUUAAUGUCCUUGCUGCAAAAAUGUUCAUUUUUUUAAAAAGUCAUUUAGUCUAGUGUUGGUCUAUGUAGUGUUUCUUUAAAACAAGUUUUAAAAACUGUGGUUGGUGGGGAUGUUGAACUAGGGUAGAUCACUAAUGGCACAAGGUAUCACCAGUGCAUGUGUAUUUAAAAUGUCUCAUCACACUGGCAGUUUUUAUGGUUGUUUUUCAAAAAGAUAUUUAAAGAAUCAACCAGAAGCUAAAUGAUUUUUUCAAAAUGUCCAUUCUCUUUCCGAACUUUAAGCAGGUUAGGCAGUUUAGGUUUUUUCAUCUUCUGACCUGGAAGUGCACAUUCAGAAGUUAUGUGCCAAAGUACAUUAACAUUUUGCUAAAUGUGUCUGGUUUUUGGCUGCUGUUCUGACCACAGUGAUGAGUAGCAAAAUCACAAUGGCAAGCUUUGAAUUGCAUCCAGAUUUGAAACCCCUGACAUCUCAUUGCUUAGUGCAUGUACACUACAUAAUACAAGGGAUCAUUACUUCCUUGUACCAACUUUUACUUUAUUGCCAUUCUGUUUCUCACACCGUAUAGUAUUAAUAUUGUUAUUAUUAUCAUUUUUAUCAUUACACACCAGCAAAAGGUCACUGAGUUUGAAGAAUGAAUAUGCAAACGUUUUUUUUUCUUCUGUCCUCAGUAUGAAGGAUCAGUAAAUAAAGUAUUAUUUUUUUGUAACUAAUGUAAAAACACAAACGUUUUAUAGAAUUGUACAGUUUUUUUCUGCUUUUUUGGGGGUGUGGAAGUUUUUCCGUUCAGAAAAAAAAGGGGGGAAGCCAUCUGUCAACAUGUGUAGUAUUCAGAAUUGUGCCUGCUUAUGUUGUGGUCUUACUGAAUUUUCAGAUGAAGAUAUAUAUGAAUAUAUAUGAAGAUAACACUAGUCUCAAACUCCAGGUUUGAUUAAGAUGUUUGUCGAGUACAUAUUAUAAUUUUUUUUUCUAAAAUACAGAUACGUAUGCCUUUUUAAAUGUGUUCUUUUUUUCUUGCAUUACUGCUUAAUUUUAUUGAUUUUCUGCUUUCUCUUCUACCACUUGUGGCUGACCAUCUGUGGCCUUGAGAUGCAUUUUUAGCUCAUUCUUUAGACUGACAUUGAUACUUUAUGAGCAAUUUUUGCUGCAAAUUUAAUUUGCUCAGCGCCUUUUUAAAAUACUUCACUUAAUUGUCUGGUUUUGUCACGAGCAAAGUGUGCCAUUUAAUAAUGUCCAUAUGAAGGAGACCCACAUUGUUUAGACCCUGGAGUUUGAGACAAAUCAGCAAAAAUUAACAGAGGUAAGAGAAAAUCAAGUCUUGUCUGUUUUGUUUUUCUCUGAUGUUGUUUUUAUUUGCCUCCAGUGUCAGGAGCAGCAGUGCAUGUCCUGCUGCUCUGCUCUCUGACUGUAAAAAAUGCAUUUAUUUUAAAAAAUAAAGUAAUUUUUAUUUAA